CGAGCGUGCGAGCCGAGCGGCCGGGGAGCGCGUUCUUGCCAGUGUCUGCCGUGGGCCGCGAGCGGAGACCCGGCCGCGACUCUCGAAGUGCAGCUACAAUGCUGAAAGGAAUUAUACGGCUAAUCGCCAGGGCCCAUAAGCUGGACCCUCGACAUUAUUUACAUACAGGAACCCAAACACCCCAACAUCUUGCUGCUUUGGACAACCAGGUUCCAGUUGAAGGUCCCCGAACUGUUUCUCGAACCAGUGAGGGUGAUCCGGACAAGCAUGGCGAGCAGCACAAGGGUCAGCACUACAACAUACCCCUCCAGGACCUGAAGACUGUCUUCCCCCAUGGCCUUCCUCCACGCUUUGCAAUGCAGGUGAAAACAUUCAAUGAGGCAUGCCUAAUGGUAAGAAGCCCAGCCCUGGAACUUAUACAGUACCUGAAAAACACCAAUUUUACCCACCCAGCUGUGCGCUAUGUUCUCUAUGGGGAGAAAGGAACAGGAAAAACUCUCAGUCUUUGCCAUGUCAUUCACUUCUGUGCAAAACAGGACUGGCUGAUCCUGCAUGUCCCGGAUGCUCACCUCUGGGUGAAGAACUGCCAGGACCUCCUCCAGUCCACCUACAACAAAGAGCGCUUUGAUCAGCCGCUGGAAGCCUCCACCUGGCUCAAGAACUUCAAAGCUGCGAAUGAGCAUUUCCUCAACCAGAUUACAGUUCAACAGAAGUAUGUCUGGAACAAGCGAGAAAGCACGGAGAAAGGCCGGCCUCUGGGAGACGUGGUGGAACAGGGCAUCACGCGGGUGCGGAACGCCACCGAUGCCGUUGGGGUGGUCCUCAAAGAGCUGAAGAGGCAAAGUGCUCAGGGACUGUUCCGCCUGCUGGUGGCGGUGGAUGGAGCCAACGCACUCUGGGGCAGGACCACGCUGAAAAAAGAAGACAAAAGCCCGAUUGUCCCUGAGGAACUGGCACUUAUUUACAACCUGAGGAAAAUGGUGAAGAACGACUGGCACGGAGGUGCGGCGGUGCUGACCCUGAGCCAGACCGGCUCUCUCUUCAAGCCCCGGAAUGCCUGCCUGCCCCAAGAGUUGCUGGGAAAGGAAGGAUUUGAUGCCCUGGAUCCCUUCAUUCCCAUCUUGGUUUCCAACUAUAACCCAAAGGAAUUUGAAAGCUGUAUUCAGUAUUACCUGGAGAACAACUGGCUUCAGCAUGAGAAAGCGCCUACAGAGGAAGGGAAGAAGGAGCUGCUGUUCCUGAGUAACGGGAAUCCCGGGCAGCUGGAGCGGCUCUGCGCCCACCUCUGAGCAGGCAAGCCAGCAGGGAAGAUGCUGUGCGGCCGGGUGACCAGCCCGUGGACUGCCACUGUGUGCCCGUCUCCAUGGCAGCGGCUUCUGUGCUGUGACUGUAAUGACAGUCAGACAGCUAGGACGUGCUGAGAUCGUGGAUCUGUUUGUUUUUUUGUUUUGUUUUUUUAAGAAUUAAUUGUUGUAUCAGGCAGGAGAUUGAAUGGCAGGCAGGGCGUUUGCCUUGCACAUGGCCAAAUUAGGUUCAAUACCCCAGUACCUGUGGGAUUGAAUAUAGUCCCCCAAGCACAGCCAGGACUGAUCCCUGAACAUAGAGCCAGGAGUAAGCACUGAGCACUGUGGAUAUGCCCCAAAAAACCGGGAAGAGAAAUUAAAGAAUUGUUGGGUUUGGAGAGAUGGUGCAGGGGUUAAGAUACUGCCAAAACAUGGCUGACACUGGUUUAAACCCCAGCACCUCACGGAAGGGGUUUCCCCCAAGGCACACCAGGGUGACCCCUGAUUAUAAAGCCAGGAAUAAGCCAAGCACCACCCAAAAACACUCAUACCCUGCAAAAAUAAA